AUGUUAAGAUAUUAUAAAAGGAAAGAUUCGUCUACACUCGAGUCUAAUAAUUUAUUAGUUUCUCAAUCAUCUGAUUCUGUACGUGAACAAAUUCCUAUUCAAGAGGAUAAAUUCGACAAUAGUAUGAAAACACAAGCGUAUUCGACAAAACAAAAAGGAGUUGAUUUGAAUGCUCUUCCUGCUGAUCCUGGAGAACGAUUGAAAAUUGAUAGUUAUCAUCCAAAUGAUCGAGAUGAAGUUAGAAGGGCAUAUCUUCAAAAAGGCCCUUGUCAACCUCGUAGUCAUGAUUUUUAACAAAGAGAUAUUGGUGGUAGACUACGUCGAUUCAAUUCCAGUUGGUUUGAUGAAUAUAAAUAUUGGUUAGAAUAUAGUAUAAAAGAGGAAGCUGCAUUUUGCUUAUGUUGUUAUUUAUUUAACACUGAAAUUAAAAAUCAAAGUGGUUCUGAAUCUUUUGUAAGUGAAGGAUUUAAAGCUUGGAACAAAAAAUCGCGGCUGGAUGUUCAUGAUGCUGGAAAUCCACAUACUAUGGCAGUUCAUAAAUGUCAAGAUUUGAUGAAUCAAGCUCAAUCUAUUCAUUUUGCAUUUGACAGGCAGACAGACUUAGCUAAACAUGAAUACAAAAUCAGAUUGAAUGCCUCUAUUGAUUGUAUACGAUUCCUUUUAAGACAAGGAUUGCCUUUUCGUGGUCAUGAUGAGCAUGAAAAUUCAAGCAACAAAGGUAAUUUCCUUGAGCUUCUACACUUUUAUGCAGAACGUAAUGAUGAAGUGGGUAAAGUUGUAUUGCAUAAUGCUCCAGGAAAUCAAAAAAUGAUAGCUCCUUCAAUCCAAAAAGACAUUGUGCAUGCAGCUGCAAAAGAAACAACCAAAGCUAUUAUUGAUGAUCUCAAAGAUGAUUAUUUUGCGAUUUUAGUUGAUGAAUGUCGCGAUGUUUCAUGCAAAGAACAAAUGGCUUUAGUUUUGCGAUAUGUAGAUAAAAGAGGAUUUGUAGUGGAGAGGUUUAUCGGUCUUACCCAUGUUUCUGAUACUUCAGCCGCAUCACUUAAAGAUGCCGUCAGUUCUAUGCUUUCAGAAAACAAGCUAAGUCUCUCUAGAAUUCGAGGGCAAGGUUAUGAUGGUGCUAGUAACAUGCGAGGUGAGUUCAAUGGCUUGAAAAGUUUGAUUAUGAGAGAAACCGGAUCUGCAUAUUAUGUUCAUUGUUUUGCUCAUCAGUUACAAUUAGCACUUAUUUUUGUUGCAAAGAAUCAUUUUACUAUCAAUGAUUUCUUUGAUUUAAUUGCCCGUUUGUUAAAUGUGGUUGGAGCUUCUUGUAAGCGUCGAGAUAAGCUUUUGGAGCAACAAGCAAACAGUGUUAUUGAAUCAUUGAUCAAUGGUGAAUUACAAACUGGUAGAGGUUUAAACCAAGAAGUGAGUAUUAAAAGGCCUGGUGAUACUCGUUGGGGAUCUCAUUAUGCUUCAAUUUUAAAUAUAAUGACUAUGUUUUCUUCAAUUAUCUAUAUACUUGAAGAUGUUGAAAGACAUGGCGCCUAUCAAGAUCAAAAAGCAGAAGCACGUCGUCUCUUGGAGCUAUUAGAAUCAUUUGAUUUUAUUUUUUGCUUGUAUUUAAUGGUGGCAAUUUUGGGGAUUACUAAUGAGUUGAAUUUAGCUUUGCAGAAAAAAGAUCAAGAAAUUGUAAAUGCUAUGUCACUUGUUAGAACUGCAAAGGAAAGAUUGGAACAAAUGAGAGAUAGUGGAUGGGAGGAUUUAAUAAAGGAUGUUUUUUCAUUUUGCAAUAAGGUGAAAAUUAUAAUACCGGAGAUGGAAGAUGCAUAUGUUAAAGGAGGGCGCCGUAGAACUUCACAUGUUAGUAAUUUACACCAUUAUCAGGUUGAUGUCUUUUAUGCAGUAAUUGAUAUGCAACUUCAAGAGCUCAAUCGUCGUUUUGAUGAAGUCAAUACUGAAUUACUUCUUUGUGUUGCUUGCUUGAGUCCAAAAGACUCAUUUAGUGCAUUUGAUAAGAAAAAGUUAGUCAAGAUGGCUGAAUUCUAUCCGUGUGAGUUUUCUAGUGUUGAACUUAUUGCACUUAAAAAUCAUCUUGAAAACUAUAUCACGGAUGUACGUGGGGACGACAGAUUUAGUAAUUUGAAUGGAAUAGGAGAGCUUUCAAAGAGGAUGGUGGAGGUCAAGAAGCAUAAUAUUUACUCACUGGUGUAUUUGCUAUUAAAGUUGGCGCUAAUUUUGCCUGUAGCUACAGCAACCGUGGAGCGAGCUUUUUCUGCAAUGAAAUUGAUAAAGAGUGAUUUACGAAAUAGAAUGAGUGAUCAGUGGAUGAAUGACUGUCUAAUAGCAUACAUCGAGAAGGAUAUAUUUAAUAGUGUCACUAACGAUGUAAUUAUUCAGUAUUUUCAGGAUAUGAAAACUCGUCGAGGACAACUGUAA